AGAGUCCGAGAACGAUUUCACAACAAAUGUUGUGAUUGUGUUGUGGUACUUCAUGAUGUGAUUAUUUUUACGAAUUAUUAAGAAUGCCCAUUCAGGCACCCCAGUGGACGGAAUUCCUUUCAUGUCCAGUUUGCUGCAAUUCUUUUGAUGAAAAACAGCGCAGCCCAAUAAGUUUAGGUUGUGGUCAUACAAUAUGCAAGGGUUGUCUUUCAAAUCUACAUAGAAAGCAAUGUCCUUUUGAUCAGACGAACAUCAGUAUAGAUGUAGAAAAUUUGCCUGUCAAUACAGCUUUACUGCAACUUGUUGGACCAACUGUAAAAAAUGACAAUGAAGAAAUCGAUACAAAAAUUGUGCCAAGGGAACAUAUUAGCCAUUAUUUGGAAUGCAAAAAAUGUGUAGAAGAAUUAGCCCUUUACCUAAAGCCACACCCGAAUGGUAAUGUAUGUGGGAGUGGAAGUAUUUUAUCAAGACCUAUGCAAAGAAAAUUGGUAACAUUAAUCAACUGUCAACUAGUGGAAGAUGAAGGCCGAACAAGGGCAAUGCGUGCUGCUAGAUCGUUGGGUGAAAGAACAGUUACAGAACUUAUUUUGCAACACCAAAAUCCUCAACAACUUUCUGCUAAUUUGUGGGCAGCUGUACGAGCUAGAGGCUGUCAGUUUUUGGGACCAGCUAUGCAAGAGGAAGUACUUAAACUAGUAUUACUAGCAUUAGAAGAUGGUUCUGCUUUAUCUAGAAAAGUUUUGGUUAUGUUUGUUGUACAACGUUUAGAACCACAUUUUCCUCAAGCAUCAAAAACUAGCAUUGGCCAUGUAGUUCAGUUACUUUAUCGAGCAUCGUGUUUUAAGGUCUCUAAAAGAGAAGGGGAUUCGUCAUUAAUGCAAUUAAAGGAAGAAUUUAGAACAUAUGAUGCACUAAGACGUGAACAUGACGCUCAAAUAGUACAAAUUGCCACUGAAGCAGGUCUAAGAAUUGCUCCAGAUCAAUGGUCUGCUUUACUUUAUGGUGAUACAGCCCACAAAUCUCACAUGCAAAGUAUAAUAGACAAGUUACAGACACCUCAGUCUUUUGCUCAAUCUGUUCAGGAACUUGUAAUAGCUCUUCAAAGAACCGGUGAUCCAGGCAAAUUGUCUGUAUUAAGGAACCAUCUCGAAUUAUUGGCGGGCAUAGAUCCUAGUCCAGAGUCACCAUCUCCCUCAUGGAGUGAAUGUAGUGAAUGUUUAGCAGCAGUAAGACAGGUUGUGGCAGGUUUAGUGGAAUUCAUCCAUCAGCAUGGCAGUAGAAAAUUACAGGAUACAACCCAUUCUCAACAUGCUAAAUAUAAAAUUAGUAUGUGUCGUGAUUUAACUUUAAGAGGAAGUUGCCCUAGGGGCACUAAUUGCACAUUUGCACAUUCUAAUGAGGAAUUGGAGAAAUAUAGAGCAAAGAAUAGAAAGUCUAUAAACAGAAGUAAAGAACAUCGUGUGGAGAAUCAGUCUCCUACAGACAAGAACUACCAACAGACAGAUGAUUAUUACUCUAUACCUAAUACAACCACGGUAAGCCCCGUCCCGAUACCUAUACAAAUUCCUCGUAUGAGCUAUGAUGUUCCUUAUCAUCCCAAUCAAAGUUACCCACCAAGUCAACCAUUUUCUCAAGCCAUAUACCAACCACAGGCCGGUACAUUUCCAAUUCACGAAAUGUACACCUCUAACCCGAGUAAUGUGGUACUAGCCAAUGGUGGUCAAUUUUACCCUACUCAACAAACUGAAUAUGCGAACAUUAAUCAUCACGCUCCACAAAACGUGGAUAUCGUUAAGAGACCCAAUUGGGAUGUAAUGAUGAAAAAUCAGAAUUACCAGCAGACUCAAAAAACUAAUCGCGUGUCUACGAAGACCCUUGCCGAACUCCAUCAAAGGAAACAAGAAGUGAUAUCGCAGCUCGAGAAGGUAGUAGGAAAAAAUGCCGCUACUGAAAUAUCCAAUACGGCUAGUAGUCUCGCGCGGCAAGAAUCGCAACAUGACUUGGAUAGUCCCACGUCUCCCUACAAUUUUUGGUCGGGACAAAUCAAUUCCGGACCUACCUUCGUUAGAUCUGACUCUAUAUUGGCCGCAGACGAUGAUUGCGUACCUUACGAUUAUCCCGCUAUUAAUAAAUAUGGUCCGAUUUCUCGUAUGCAUAAGGACAACGGCAUCAGCCAAUCUGCGCCUUAUAGAGAUUCUUCGUCUUUGAUAAGGAGGCCAAUGUCAUCAGCUAGUCCCGUUGCUUCUUGGUAUUACAAUAACAACAACCACUUUCAUCAACCCAUACCUACUAGUCAUAAUGUGGUUGGACCGCCGGGAAAUGGAAUGACUGAUGGAUACGUAGCUUAUGGUUCUCCUCAACUGAUCUUGCACUCAAGACUACAAGAUCCUUCUAAAGAGCUUAUAGCUGAAUCUCAAAGAGUUAAACUUCAGCUGCGUAACUUAGAGAGGCAGUUAAAUGAUUUGAAACUGGCCACACAGGGCGUAACAAAUUUGAGUGAGAGUGAACGGCUCACUCAGGAACUUCAACUGAUUGAGCAGGGUAUACAAGAGAAACAAAAAGAGGCCUGUUUGAACAAGAUAGUCCAUUCCUUAAAUCAAGUCAUGGGUAAUUAUAACAAUGGCAACCCAACAGUUGGCACUUCAGAAGAGGCCAUGUAUGAAGCUGAUAUCGCUAAUGAUAUGCGGGAAUUAGAAUUGAGACUGCAAGAGGAACUAGAGGAGUGGAGCGGAGAAGAUUCACCUAAAUGAAAAGUAAGCUUUCCAUCUCAGUAAAGCCUCUUCGUUUCAAUGCAAAUCUCCAUCCGUACUGAUAUAUGGUGAUUUUUAACUUGUAAGAUUAAUUUUGAUACUUUUUAACUAAUUAUUUAGUUAUGCCUUUUAAAUAUGUUUGUUAUAUUUUUUUUAAAAUGAUUAUACACGAGAUCAAAUUAUUGAACAUCAUCAAAGGAAACGAGCAAUUAAUGUCUUUUCCUGGAUUCUUCUGUUAAUUUCCAACGUAAAUUCGGUCUUUAUUGAAAGUUUAUUUAAAGAUAUCGUGCUGAUUUCGAACUUUUCCAUUGCCACUUACAAAAAAAAAAAAAACAUAUUUAGUCUACAUUUCACCACGUCGGCUACAUUUUUAAGGUAAAAAUUUAAAUUUGAAAAGUCAAAACAUGAUAUUGCUUAGAAAAUGUCUCCAUUUAAAAAAAAAAUUAAGACCAGGAUGAAUGCAACAAAAUAAUUAUACAAGCACUAAUUUUUUUUUAAUAGAUAUAUUAUUAACAAAUGAAUAAAACGGUAUUUGUUGACUAACAGUUUGGGUGGAUUCAGCAAUAAAGUAUAAUUUUUAAAGUGAAUGGAUCAGCAAUUCCACAAACUUAAAAAAACGUUAUAAAAAAAUAAUCAAAAAGGAGCUUUUCAGAACAAAGUACUAGUCAAGUAAAGUCAUACAUUUUCUUGUAUUUUUUUUUUACAUUUUAUGUUGUCAGUGGAAUGAUUUCCUCAUUUUUUUAUUUUUUAAUGAUAAUGAAACCAUUGUUUCUAUCAGUUGUCCUUGAAUGAUAUCAGCGUUGUGACAUAUGGUGUUCUAGUUUGUGGAAUUCUUUAUGUACAGGGUAUAGCAAAAUUACCGGAAUGGCAGAAUAACUCGGUGGGAGAGCAUUUUAGAAAAAAAUGUUAUAUACAAAAGUUUCAGGAUUUCGCCCUGGCUAUCCGAAGAUGACCUUGAAGAUCAUUUCAAGGUCAAAUGUGAUUUUUCAAAUGGGACCCUAUACUUUUGACCCCAGA